UUGUUUCGUUACCGAGAAUGAAUGUAUGGCCAAGAGAGAUAUGGAUCGAAAAUUGCGAUAAAUUGGAGGUGGCACAGUUGGCGAGAGACAUGAUGCACACCAGUAAUCUUGAAGAUCUGACAAUUGAUUACUUUGAAGGUUUGACAACUACAACUUCCUUCCCCACCAACCUAACAUCACUGGAAAUUGACAAGAUCAAGAAUUGUAAGGCGCUGAUGGAAUCUCAAGGGUUGCAGAGACUCACCUCUUUGAGAGAAUUGGAUCUGAGGGGUGAAGAUGAUGGAGGUCUGGUGUCAUUUCCACCUGCGGCUGAGAAUUCAAAGGAGACGGAGAUACUGCUCCCCAGAUCUCUUGUUGAUUUGGACAUUGGAUUCUUCCCAAAUCUAAAGAAACUGAGCAAGGGCUUUCAAUUCCUCACCUCUCUUGAACUUCUUUCCAUCCUCAGCUGUCCGAAGCUUACAACCCUUCCAGUGGAGGAAGGCCUGCCUCUUUCACUUGAGCGACUUUAUAUUGACAACUGUCCUCUACUUGAACAGAGAUACAAAGGACGAUACCGGCACAAGAUAGCACACAUCCCUUGCGUAGAAACUAAUGGCGAAGACAUAUAAGAGAAAACCAACACUCCUCGAUGGAGUGGUUUCCAGGUCUCCUAAUGCUCAAAACUGUUGAUCACAUCCUUUUCCUCCACAAAAUAUGAUAUUAAUUUGGAUUCUCAAUUCCAGCCUUACCAGAAAGUUUAAUUUGUAUAGAACUGUCUGUGGAAACAAUAUCAAAGAAACUUAGCUUCCAGAAUGCAAUUCCAUUUGUUAUUAUUAGUGGGUGUAUUGUACUGCAUGGACAACUUGCAUUCCAAGUUCAUUUCAAAUAUUGUACUGCAUCUAGUGAUUUCAUUUGGUAUUUUAUUAGUUUGCAUUGUAUCUAGUCUCUCAUGCAUUCGGAUAAAUUUAUCAGUCAUACUGUUCUUCUUUAACAAUGUGUUUAUGUCAUC